AUGAAUCUCGCUCAACAGAACAGAGCAUAUUUUGCCCUCCUCAACGUUGGUGCGACGACCUUUCGGGUAGCACUAGAUACCGCAUCCGCAGAUUUAUGGCUAGUAUCUACUCAAUGCACCACGGACGUCUGCAAAGCUGUUCCACGCUACCCCUUGCAAUACGAGAGUGGUACUUUCGUUUCGGUCAACAACAACUCAACAACAUUCAGUGUCAGUUAUUCAGAUGGAACUGGCGCUGAAGGCUUCGUCGCGAAAGAAACCGUUCAGCUAGCCAAUCUGACGGUCUCGAAUCAAGUCUUUGGCCUGAUGACUUCGUCGAAUGUAACACUUUCCGACGAUAUCAGUGGCAUAUUCGGACUUGGUUUUCCUCGACUCUCUAGUGUUUCUAGCACCGUUACGAAUUCUACGCCUUUUUUCGUCCAGCUGGCGCAGCAAGGCGUCUUGAAUUAUCCCGUGUUCGGCUUGAGCGCUAUUGAUUCAUCUGUCGUCACCAACGUUACCGAUGUCGGCUGGCAUAAGGUCGUAGAAUUCGCACCUAUUGGCACGACGAGCAAUGUAUCCAGUUACCUGCAAUGGGCCAUCCCUCUGGAUAGUUUCGCGGUCAACGGAUCGUCUUUGGUGCCCUCGCCGACAUACCCAAACAUAACGAAUAACGCGUCUCUGGCAAUGUUUGAUGUUGGAAACAAUGGUAUUUAUGGACCUUAUCCAGAUGUAUCGCGUCUAUUUGCUGCGAUUAGUGGUUCGCGACUGGUUGACACCAAUCUAGGAUUAUGGGCUAUACCCUGUGAUACGCUGGUUCCUAUAUCCUUUACUUUUGGGGAACAGACUCUUACCCUUCAGCCUACUGAUUAUCUUAUCGGGCCCGCUUCUGAUAAUCCGGAUCUCUGUUUGUCUUGGCCGGGCGCCACGUCGCCUAGCCCGGAUGGCAUUGAUUGGCAGAUGGAAUACGUCUUAUCACUGUUUAGCUACGGGAUCAAUACCAAGGAGCCGCCCAUGAUAGGAUUCUAUCCACUUAAAAACGCCACUAAUACCACGGAGUCCGCAGCGUUGAUCUCGUCAUUCCUUUCUUCUGCAUCGGCCACAGUGGCUACAACAUUACCGAACUCUCUCCUAUCAACGCCCACCUACACGACACCACCUUAUACCUUCAACUCGUCAUUCAGUGCACCCACAGGCGGAAUUGUUUCUACCGAGCUCGCCAACAGCACAUACAGCCCCAUAUUCGCGGAAUAUGCCACCAAUAUAUCAGCAAUGCCUACAAUAGCUCCAACAAAUGCAUUGGAAACAUAUAUUAUAACCGACACCUCUGGUGUCGUUACUACUAUUACUUCCACAGCGUCGAUAGCUUCUGUUACGCUUGGUAUUCCACCCGGCUGGAUUUCUGGCCCAUUCGGUAGGUUUCCUAUGUCAAUAUCUCUGUUCAUCUAUGUUCUUCCAAGUUUCUGA